AUGACAACGAAUGGAGAAGUGGUACCAUGCUCGGUUAAGCAGGUGAUCAAGAAAUGCAUUCGUGACGUACCGUGUCCUCGACCACCUAAAAGAAAGCAAGAUGGUCCGCUGGUCGAGUGCAAGAAAGCCAUGAAGAUCGUGCCGUGUGAAACAGAGCGGAAGAGGAUCUCGAAAUGCGUUAAGAAGUUGACCGAUAUUUGUCCGGGCAACGAUCGAUCGCCGUCACCCAAAGGAUGUGCGAAGUGCGAGGAAAAUCGGAUCAAGAAAUUGGAGUGCGAGGUGUUCCAUCUGCGACGGGAGAUAGAACACAUGAAGCAUGAUCGGAAGGAGGUCGAAAAAGCGCUACAAAAGGCCAUCCUUCGUGGCGCGUGUGCUCUCGGAGGAUACAGACCGCAGGUGCCAGGGUCAGUUGAGAAGCUUCUGAACCGCUGUGACAGCGACGUCUCAUCCUCCUCGUCGUACUCUCUCACGUUAUGCACGAAACCCCCGCCAGAGAUACGUCCGUGCGGUAAACCGUCGAAGAAGAAACAGCUUUGUUGCGAAUCGUGUUGCUUCGAUUAG